AUGGAAAGCGGGGUUCCAAAGACUAGGAUACCUUGGCUUGGUAGAGUCCUAUUAGUCGCUGUCUGGUGUUUGGCGCAGGGGUCGCUCGUCGACGCGAAGGACUACUACCGCCUGCUGGGUGUCUCCAGGAACGCCUCGGAGGCGGAGAUUGCCAAGGCGUAUCGCCAGAAGGCCAAGCAGUUACACCCCGAUGUCGCGCCGGGCAAGGAGGAGGAAUUCAAGGACAUCAACACUGCCUACGAGGUGCUCAAGGACGCUGAGAAGCGUCAGCUGUACGACACGUACGGCGAGGAGGGCCUGAAUGGCGGCGGUGCGCAAUCUCAGGGUCACCAAGGGUAUGACUUCUUCCGGCAGGGCGCCUGGGGCCAACACGGAAGGGCUUCGGGCUUCGCGUUCGACAUGAACGGCGGAUUUUUCGACGACAUCUUCGAUAACUUCGGUUUCGGAGGCGGCAGACAGCACUAUGGUGGAUCGCAAGGUCACCACGGUGGAAGAGGCGCCGGAGGCAGUGGCGGCAAACGCAUGUUCAAAGGGACCCUGGUGGAGGAUGUGGAUGGUGCUGGGUUCACAACUAGCAUGUCUACCAUCCGGACCUUGAACCUAUACGUUUUCUACAUGGACGACUGCCCCCACUGCAGAGAAGCGAAGAGGCCGAUCUCCGACUUCGCUACCAAAUUCAAGGGCGCCAUUCGCAUGUAUGCCGUCAAUUGCAACCUAUACAACAACAUAUGUGUCAAGAACAAGGUAGAAAAGGUGCCGCAAAUCGUCGCCUUCGCCCAGCCCAAUAAACCUUUGUUCUACGACAAGAGGAGUUACGCCGAGCAGCUAGACGCGUUCGUCAGCCAAGCACUGCCGUCUGAGUUUACGAUUAUCACAAAUAGAAUGGAUCUCGAUGAGUUCCUCUUCGAAGAGAGCAAGUUGCUCAAGGUGGUAGCCAUCAUCAAGAGGGGCGUUUACCUCACCAAGCUCAAGGCGCUGGCCAAGGACCUUAAAGACAAGGUCGGCUUCGCGUUUAUACGUGGCAGCAACAAGGAAAUGGUCGCAGUGUUCGGCGCCAGGGGCAACACAACGACGGGUGUACUCAUCCCCAUCGAAGACCCGGAGGCACUCACCGGUAAGUCCGACCUCAAACAUUCACAACAUCUGACCGCGUGUGCAGGCAAAACGAUAGACAUGGGUACUUUGGAGUAUCAUGACAUCGUGCUCAGGCUGAACCUAGCCCAGUUCGAGGCCAAGAGAAGCCAGGGCGUGCACGGCAACGACGCGAAUUAUUCGCAGCUCACUGCGCGCAGGAUGGCAAACGGGGAGUGCACUGCGAGCGACAAUCAGUUCUGCUUCGUUUUCGUCAAAUACGGCAAGGUCAUCGAGGAUGAGGUUCACGAGGCGCUCCGCGGCAUCGCCAGAAAAUACAGCAACGACCCUAUCAAGGUCAGAUUUGUGAAUGCCCAGGAUGAGGCGCAAUUCGUUGCGGCGUUCGGAAUGCCGUCGUCAUGCCCCUUUUACCAAAACUGUGCACGGCUGAUAGCAUACAGGGGUAAACGCAGGAAGUACGAGAUCUUCGACGGCGGACUGACCGUUGAGAACGUGGAGCAGUUCAUCAACAACGUCAUCUCAGGCGCACUGACACUCAAACAGACGCUUACACACGUGCCUACGGUAAACGGCCCAAACCAGCACGACGAACUCUAA